CACAGGAAUGAUGACGAUUAUUAUGAUUGCUUUACUGGUGAAUCUCCUCAUAGAGACUUCUGAGUCGUUCACUGUUGUGGUUCCUCGUGAUCAGAUAGUGGCUCAUGUCGGGUCCACAGUCACUCUGCCCUGCUGGAUCUCUCCUCCUGAGAACGCUGAAGUUCUGGAGAUCCGCUGGUACCGUCAUGACCAGUUCAGCAACCCUGUUCUCUUCUAUCAGCAUGGGAAGAUCCAGGACCAGGAGGACUCGUACAGGAACCGAAGCUCACUGACUCUGCGCUCAGAUCAGUCUGUUGGACUGAAGGAUGGAGACGUCUCUCUACGGCUGGAGAAACUCAGGAUUCAGGAUGAAGGUUCAUUUCACUGUUAUGUCAGUGGAGAACGGUCAUAUGACAGCAGUAAAGUGGUUCUCAAAGUCACCGAUCCGCCAGAUUCAUCAGAUUCAUCAGAUCCAUGGAAGGCUCUUUUCUUCACUCUUCUAAUCUGUGCUCUUCUGGGUUUGGCUGGGCUGAUCCUGUACAGAUACAGACAGAAACUAACAGGAAUCUUGUACCAGAACACAUUUCCAGUCGAGGAGACCAUGGUCGGGAUGAUGGGAGGAGCGAAGGGAUUGUCAGGAAGAAAGCCCACAGUGGAGAUGGUGGAGGGAGGAGCCAUGCCGGAAUCCCGGCUGACGACACUAGGGGGACGACCGACAGCGAUAGAGCCAAAGGUAGUGGAGCCCAGAGCGCAAACGGAAGGCCGAGGAAGCAAUGUGACGCUGGGCGGCCGCGACGGAGCCACAGAUGGAACCACAGAUGAAACCACAGAUGAAACCACCCCCCAGGAUGGAACUUAUUUAGUUGUGGGAGACGAAAAUAUAGAAGAACUGAGGAAACAUGCAGUUCAGAUCACUAUUGACCGUGAGCGUUUACAUCCAGGUCUGAGGGUUUCUAAGGACUGUAAAACAGUGAGAGACGCUCCAGGAUAUAAACCCACUAGAGUGGGAUUUCCAUAUGAAUUAUGUGCAUUUGGAGCUCAAACAUUUACAUCUGGACGUCACUAUUGGGAGGUAGAGCUGGUGCGUCCACCUAACCCUCCUAAAGACUACUGGUUAAUUGGUGUGGCGAAACAUGGAAAUUUCAGUGUGAAAGACAGAUCUGCUUUAACUCAAUCAAACGGUUACUGGUUCUUGUGUUCAGACGGUCCUUAUGGCUUUUACACCAGCUCUGAUCCACCAGUUACUCUCUCACUGACGCCGAGACCCGAACGCCUGGGAGUUCUGUUAGAUUAUGAUCUCGGUCAGCUGUCAUUUUACAAUGUCAAAGAGAGGAAACAUCUGCUGACCAUGAGCACCAGAUUCACUGGAUCAGUCGCUCCGCUGUUUAAUCCAGGAGUAGGAGAACAGAGUCCGUUUAAGAUUCUGGAUUGUCCAGAACCUGUAGGAUCAGCUGUAGAGUCCAGUGCACCUUUACUGAGUAACAGCUCAGACGCCUGACUGACCAAUCCAGUGUUUAGACAGAAGGACGCUUG